UCCUCAUACUUCCUCGGAAUGGCUUCUGGAAAACUAAUUAAGCUCCUAGUUUUUGAGCUCCUUGAGUUUGCUGCUUUCUCCAUUCCCACACUUGUGACUGUGGAACAGUUUGCCACUGCCUAUCAAAGGACCACGAAUAUGCCUGGGAGAACUUAUUAUUGGCUGAUUGUUUCCUGUUCGAUUGCCUAUGUGGCUUUAGUGACUCUGUUGAUUUGGAUUCCCAUAAAAGUUCUCUUAUACAAGAAGCGUCAUCUUUACAAAAAAGUUAAAGGAUGGAGACCUGUUAUGAUGAUGUGUGUAGUGCUCACCACACUUCCCAGCUUCAGCUUUUCUGUAGCAGUAACUGAGGUUCAAAAGAAUAUUAAUGGUUCCGCUGAUGUCUUACCUGAUACUUUACCUGACCUGGCAGUCUCUCUGGUUCUGACUUCCUUGUUCCUGGUUGAUAUUAUUGAAAAACUGAGGAUAUAUCCUCUUAGAGGAAGGCAAAAGAGUAAUGAAGAUGCGCAUAUGCAUAAGACCACUUUGCAACAGAUAAGAACUGUGACAGACCAAGUGAAGCAAAAUGAAGAAAAUCCUGUGCCUCCGCAGCCAGCGGGGAGGACAGAGGUGUCAUGGCCAUCAGAAGCCAUGACAUGGAGCCCUGCUCCUGUGCUGGCGGGACCCCUGGAGCCCUCCUUUCACUCGAGGAUCCUGAGGACACUCUCCCAGCGGGACGUUCGCGCCCAGAUCUUCCUUUGGACCUUUGUCCACUGGUCUGACACCAUAGAAAUGGUGCGCGUGGCCGGCCACGCCGCCGUGUACAAGUCACGCUGGCUAUACCCGCUCUACAUAUUCAGUUAUAUUUCUCUCCUUCGAAUUGUAUUCACUCCCCAGAACCCUCUUCUGGGUUUCCUGGGCGUCCUGCUUCAGGAUCUACCCUUUAUUUUUGUUCGACUUAGUUUAAUCCUUGUCCUGGGCACCAUCACACCCGUAUUGGGCCUUUUUAAAAACAUACUAGUGACUCUUUCUUAUGUUUACUUCAAUUACUUAACCAAAUUCAGGGUUUUCUCUAUCUUUGAAACAUCUUCAUUUUAAAAGAAAAAUGUAAGACAGUCAAACCUCUUUAUUAUGCAUGUGUGAACGUUUUUAAUUGUUUCUUGCUGGUGCAUAAGUUUUUGCACUAUAUAAAGAAAUGAAGAAUAUAGAUGGUAGAGAGUCACUAUUUUAAAUAAUUUGUUGCAUAUAAGUUUUUUUUAAUGUACACAAAUGGUGCUAAAUCUAAGCAAAGUUAUAGUCUUACAAGUUGGAUCCCCUGGAUCUCUAGAAAAUGUUAGUAGUUAAUUUUAGGAAGUUAUGUAUACUGUACUUUUUCUAAGAAAACUCUUCAAAAAAGCCUUUAAAAGAAAUGAGAAUGUGUUUUCCCAUUAAGUUAGUCCAAGAAUGAGAUUUUUAUCAUUUAUAUAAAUUAAAGAGCAUUAUAAGAAUUAAUUAGUUAAAAUUAAUUUUUAGGAAAUACACCUGAAGUUAUUGAAUAAUUUUUAGAUUGAUUAUACUUUUAAAAAUUUGAAUUGUAGUUUUAGGGUUUCCUUCAAACAUGGAAUUAUGUGCUUUAUUCCACUGUGGCAAGUGACCUUUAUGUAAUCAACUGAUUUUAGCAUAAAGAGCAAUUCAGUUUAACAGAUAUUUGGCUCAGUUUAA